UUUUAUACAUAGCAGCGCACAAAUCGGCGUAGCAGUUCAGUACGCGUACAAGUCUCGUGGGUAGCGGAUGCCAGCAGAGAACACUGGACGAAAACACGUUCGCUUCGAGCGCUUAGCAGAUUUUUAAAUUUCACACAAACAAACAGCAUCUUUAAAGACACCAACAACAAAAACAAAAAUAAGAACGACAAUAAGAACGACAACAACCAGCAGAGGAAGUCAAUAAAACGAAUUUAAAAAUGGCGGCCGUCAAUGCAACACAAACGGACUAUUGGAACUUUCUGUUCAUCGAGCUGGCAGAUCCCCGCACCAAUGACUGGUUUCUGAUCAAAUCUCCACUGCCCCUGCUAACGAUUCUGGGCUUCUAUUUGUACUUUGUGCUGUCGUGGGGUCCGCGCUUUAUGCGCGACCGCAAACCCUUCAAGCUGGAGCGCACGCUGCAGGUCUACAACUUCUUCCAGGUGGCGCUCAGCGUCUGGAUGGUGUACGAGGGCGUGGUCAUCUGGCAGUAUUAUAGCUGGCGCUGUCAGCCGGUCGAUUGGUCGCGUACACCCAAGGCGUACCGCGAGGCACGCGUCGUCUACGUUUACUACCUGGCCAAGAUCACCGAGCUGCUGGACACGAUCUUCUUUGUGCUGCGCAAGAACGAUCGCCAGGUGACAUUCCUGCACGUCUACCAUCACACAGUCAUGCCCAUGAUCAGCUGGGGCACCUCCAAAUACUAUCCGGGCGGCCAUGGCACCUUCAUUGGCUGGAUCAACUCCUUCGUGCACAUCAUCAUGUACUCCUACUACUUCCUGUCGGCUUUCGGGCCAAAGAUGCAAAAGUACUUGUGGUGGAAGAAGUACAUCACCAACCUGCAAAUGAUCCAGUUCUGCUGCGCUUUCAUUCAUCAAACACAGCUGCUGUACACCGACUGCGGCUAUCCGAGAUGGUCCGUCUGCUUCACCCUGCCCAAUGCCGUCUUCUUCUACUUCCUCUUCAAUGACUUCUAUCAGAAGUCCUACAAGAAGAAGCAGGCGGCGGCCAAGGCCGAGGCUGAUGCCAAAGAGAUCACUAACAAAAACAAUAACAACAACAACAACAACAACAACGAUAGCUUCGCCAAGAAUCUGAAUGCCGCCAUAGCCACAAAUGCAGCACAGCAAAAGAAGGUGCUGUAAGGCAGCUAGGAAAAUACUCUAACUCAAUAAUCUCGAGCCCACACACACACACACACGCACACACAUGCACACACAGAAAUACUUAAUGGAAUUCACAUAGAAUACUUUUUUUUAGUUAUAUAUUUGGGAACUCUAAGUCUAUGGAGCGGGCGUUGUUCUAUGCACAACUUUGUUGACUAAUUUGUUAAGUAAUCCGCCGCCAAAAAAUAAGAAGAAAACAAUUGAAAAAAAAAAAAAAAACCUGAACAAAAAGACAAAUGAAAAUAUUGAGAAAUUUUAGGUUUGAGUUAAUAGGCAAACACUUAAAUGCUUUUCGCAGCCAUCGCUUCGCUUGAUGUGUGUUUGUGUAUUUCCCCUCGCUCACGCCUCUUUAGACGUCAGAAAUGAAAGAAGUUGUAUGUUUACGGCCCAAAAAACAAAAUAGCUUAAAGAAGCUGAAGCAGAAGUAGAGGAAGAGGAAGGGAAGAAGAAGAAGUAGAAGAUGAAGAGUAAAAAACCGAUUUAAGUUAAGUAAAAAAACAAAAACAAAAUAAAACGGAAUUAGUUGUGUAAAUAAGUUAAGAUACGCAUUUGGCAUAAGCAAAUAUGUUAGAUGAUAUAUACAUAUAUAUAUAAAUAAAUAUAUAUAUGAAUUAUUGGCAUGUAAAGUACUUAGGCUUAAACGAAAAGAUACCACAAAUACAAAUAAAAAUAAU